UAUAAAACUGUGAACUCCUUUUUUGGAAACCCUACAAAUAUGCUGCCGAGAGGCAUCAGAAAUCUAUUCAAUAUUCAUUUUAGGUUUCAACUUUUAAGUUUCAACUUCUAAAUCUCUUUUGUAGAAACAAUGAAUAUUGAGGUGAAGGAGAAGAGGCUGUACGAUGCAUGUUUGGAAGGAGACGCAGAGACUUUGCAGGCACUGAUGAAAGAAGAUAAACUCAGUCUUGCUCGAGUCACAUUAUCUUCGUCCUUUAACCAGACACCCUUACAUAUAGCUUCCAUGUUAGGUCACUUCGAAUUCGCUAAAUCUCUUCUGUCGUAUAAGCCUGACUUCGCAGGCUGUGUAGAUUCACAAGGCCGUUCGGCUCUACAUUUGGCAUCUGCAAACGGAUAUGCUAAUAUCAUCGAGUUAUUGCUGAAGUAUGAUCAGAAAAUGUGCCAAUUUUGUGACGAGGAUGGAAGGACCCCUCUCCAUUUGGCGAUAAUAAAAGGCCAGCAUGAGUCUGUUAGGGAGUUGAUAAAAGUUAGUAAGGAGCCAAAUCAAGAAAGGACAAUGUUGCACUUGUGUGUUAAACAUAAUCGUCUGGAUGUUCUUAUUCUUGUAUUAGAAUCGGGUGACCGGGAUUUGUCAAACAUCAAAUUAGAUGACAAUGGCAACACUACUUUACAUUGUGCAACAGCUUUGCAACGGAUGCAGAUAAUACAAUACCUAGUCAAGUGUAGAAGCCAAGUGGAGGUGAAUUCAUUAAAUGAAAAGGGUCUCACAGCUUUGGACAUAAUAGAGGAGAUGCCCAGAGAUGUGAAAAGUAAGGAAAUCAGGGAGUUCCUCAUCUCAGCUGGUAUUUUAAGGGCUAAAGAAAUCGAAGCAGCAAUAGCAACUGGCCAACUGGUUCCUGGGGCAGCAGCAACAGACCAUUCUAGUAAGCUGACAAGGAUGUGGAAGGCGGUGAAAUACGCUCCCAUCUUUCAUGAGGAAGUGGAAAAGAAAGACAAGACUGUACUGGUAGCCGCAUCUGUUAUAGCUGCAAUGGCUUACACAGCUGCUAUUAGCCCUCCUGGCGGUGUUGCUUCAAUGGAUGCUGCAGAAUUCUCACCUUCACCGUCACAGCCUAUUAGCCCUCUUGACGGUGUUGCUGAGUUUUCGGAUGACCCCUAUUACUCAUCCUAUUAUCUUCCACCCGGGGGCUCCCUACUAGCCUACUUCUGGCCUGGAUUGAACAGAGCAUUCUGGAUAUCUAACACGAUCGCCUUCAUGGCUGCGCUAACAGUCAUAUUUUUGUUUGUCAGUGGCGCAACUCUGAAAAAGAGGAUUAUUGUUCUUCUCAUUCGAGGGGGAAUGUGGGUGACUCUCACAGCAAUGACCACGGCCUAUGUAUGUGCAGUUGUAGCGACAAGCCCAGAGAGUGAGAAAAGCGUGAAGAAUCCUUACACGUAUAACAAAACAAUUUUGGCAAUUGUUCUGGGACUUUUCGCAUGGAUGGGAAUGAUUAUUACUUCUAUUGCAAUUGCUGCUUAUCCUUCCAUCCGCUCUUUAGUGAUCAAGAUUACGAAGCUAAAAGCUAAGAGGAACAAGAUUAAUAAUGACGACGCUCCCGCCAUCGCGUCCCCAAGUACUACUCAUAUUGUGUGAUGGAAAUAUGUAGUAUCUUUGAUUUUCCUUGCUCUAUAUUCUGUAUUUUUUACUUCCUGAUGUAUUCUACUUUGUACCGGUUUAUAACCAAUGUAAUUUGUGCGAGCUUAAUUUAUGUAAUGUGUGUGAUGAAAUCACACUAUUUGA